UUUUCCUAGGGUUUAAGUUUGCUGAAAAAUUCGAUUUCAAUAUUAAAAAAUUGUUUUUGGUAUUUUUCAUUUUUUUUUCUCACAUUUACCAAACAUAUUUUUUAAUUUUUUUGUUAAUUAUAAUAACCAUUUUUCUAAAGUGAAAUGUGUAUAGUUUAAUUAUUGCAUUUUUUCAUGUYCCAUUGGUGUUUUUAACAAAUUGCGUGUGGCGGCUUGCCUCAAUUGCCCCAUCAUAUCAAAAAAUCAGCAUUUUUAUGAUUUUUUCCCUUGUCUCAUCGUUGAUAAGAGCAAAGGAGCCGUGAGGAAGGAAGCCCGCCGUGGAUCUAAUCGAACGAAAAACGGAAACAAUAGUCGCUGCAAUUUGAUAACACUAACCAAUCCCCACGUUCUUCGUAAAUCCCGACCUAAACCACUAUCUCACUUCAUAAAAUAAAUUGUUAAAUAAUUGGAGCACAUUCGGUGAUAGCUUUCAGUCAUGUCUUUCCGCAUCGAAGACAUUUUAAAAAACGACGAUUUUGAAAAAAAAAAGUGCAAAAACACCGGUUGUGUGACACCCGAAAACAGCAUUUUGCAAAAAACUUUACAAAAACCCAACUUUCACUACUACAGAUCGCUCAGCGAACCCUACGCAAAUUGGGGCCCAAACGAGAGGGUUUACCACUUCUACGAUGUCUACAGGGCGAAAGCCGUUUCUUGUCCCAGUUUGUGUCCGAGGCCCCCCUUGUGGCCCCCUUGCCCACCCCUGAGCUUCUUCCCCCCGUUUUGCCCCUUUUCCAAGCGAAAGGGGGGCCAAGUGCGUUUCACGGCGAGCCAAACCGACGCCCUCGAAAAGCGUUUCUCUUCGCACAAAUACUUGAGUCCUGAGGACCGGAAAUUAUUGGCCGAGUCGUUGAAACUUACCGAUCGACAGGUGAAAACGUGGUUUCAGAACCGGAGGGCGAAGUGGAGACGCUGCAAUUCGUCGAGUGAAGUCUCCUCGACGAAAUACGAAGAAAAUAAAUGUAUUUUUGUGUGUAAUAAAACGGAAAAGUCGAGUGAUUAAGUUUCGUGUUUUUAUUGGUAAAAGCCUUGAACAGGAAAUAAACAAUAACAAUGAUUCUUAAAUCAAUCGUUUUUAAUUUGCAUUGGAAUCUUUCCCAAAAAAAAAGUUUACACCAAGUUAAUUCAGUCUAAUCUAUGAUACAAAAAAUCGUAGAAGAAGCCGUUAUGUUACAAAAAAAGAACAAUAAAACAUAUGAACACUGUUAUUACAUUACCUAAGAUAAAAAAACUAUCACAUUAUUAUUAUACAAACACUGUAAUAAUUAUGAUUUUCAUUAAUGCAAUAAAUAAACUUAAAAUAAAACGGUAAUCAUUUGAGU